GCUAAGAUGGCUUCGAAAAUAUGGGCCCAGGGCCCGUGCUUAUAAAACUUUUAGUCCAGACUCAAUCUCUAAUGACGUCACACGCAUGGCGUUGUCAUGACAUUAGUGUUUCAGACUCUAUUAGAGUCUCGAGUCUAGACUCUAAACGAUUUGUAAGCACCAGGCCAGAUAUGGCCUGCUUACGUAUCCCUGGCAGAAAAAAUUACUUGGCGACAAAGAACACCUUAAGAAAACUGUCCAGUUCACCCUGAUGUCGGAAAAACAACCUAUUUUAGACUCAUCAGUCAUAACGUCGCGUGAGAGCCAGAAGGACAUGAUCGCUGUCUCUCGGGAUAAUGGAAAGAGAGAACACUAGGGGACCAUCUCGACACUGUAUUAGCUUCUGGUGGUCUGGAAACAUCCACGCUUAAACCGUGCCUCUCGGACUGUUGCUUGACCGAAGUCCGGAUCGCGUAAUUUUCGAGCGCUGCCUGUUCUACAGUUGCCGUGACGAUGGCGGGCACAUCGAGAAGUCCUAAUCCACACGGAUUGAAGCAGAUCGAGCUUGACCAGAUCUGGGACGAUCUCAAGUUGGGAAUAAAGAAUGUCUAUAAGCGACAGAGCAUGUCAAAGACCCGCUACAUGGAACUCUAUACACACGUGUAUAACUACUGCACCAGUGUGCAUGGCCAGGGGUCGGGAUCCCAGCAGGCGAGAGGCCCUGGGGGCCGCAAGAUGAAGCAGCCCACCAGUGGAGCUCAGUUUGUGGGUCAUGAACUCUACAAACGGAUAAAGGAAUUUCUAAAAAGUUAUCUCAUUAAUUUAUUAAAGGAUGGUCAGGAUCUGUUGGACGAGGAGGUGCUCAAGUUCUACACGGGCCAAUGGGAGGAUUACCAGUUCUCCAGCAAGGUCCUCGACGGAAUCUGUGCCUACCUCAACAGACACUGGGUCCGCAGAGAGUGCGAUGAGGGAACCAAGGGCAUUUAUUAUAUUUAUUCUCUUGCACUGAUCACAUGGAGGGAGAAUCUUUUCCGCCCACUCAACAAGCAGGUUACGAACGCCGUUCUCAAGCUGAUAGAGAAGGAGAGGAAUGGAGAAACUAUCAACACUCGGCUUGUCAGUGGCGUUAUCAACUGUUACGUUGAGUUGGGUCUGAAUGAAGACGACCCCAGUGCCAAAAGUCCGACUCUGACCGUCUACAAAGAGCACUUCGAGAACCCAUUCCUGGAGGACACAGAGCGUUUCUACACGAGAGAGAGCACCGAGUUCCUCAGACAGAACCCCGUCACUGAGUACAUGAAGAAGGGUGAGCUGCGGUUAAUGGAAGAGAAGAAACGGGUUCAGCUCUAUCUACACGAGAGUACCCAGGAUAUUUUAGCCAAUGUGUGCGAGAAGGUGCUUAUCGAAAAACACCUGGAAAUCUUCCACCUUGAGUUUCAGAACCUGCUCGAUGGAGACAAAAACGAAGAUUUGGGUCGUAUGUAUCUGUUGGUGUCAAGAAUCCAGGAUGGUCUGGGAGAGCUGAAGUCUCUGCUGGAAACCCAUAUACACAACCAGGGCCAGGAUGCGGUUGAGAAGUGCGGGGAACCCGCCCUCAAUGAUCCUAAAGUGUACGUGCAGACCAUACUGGAUGUACACAAGAAGUACCACGCCUUGGUCCUUACCGCCUUUAACAGUGAUGCAGGUUUUGUUGCUGCCUUAGACAAGGCCUGUGGUCGUUUCAUCAACACCAACUCGAUCACAAAGUUAGCCGGCUCGUCCAGCAAGUCUCCAGAACUUCUCGCUCGGUACUGUGAUCUACUACUGAAGAAAAGUUCGAAAAAUCCUGAAGAAGCCGAACUUGAAGACACAUUAAACCAAGUGAUGGUUGUGUUUAAGUAUAUUGAGGACAAAGACGUGUUCCAGAAGUUCUACAGCAAAAUGCUCGCCAAGCGUUUAGUGCAACACAUGUCUGCCAGUGAUGACGCAGAAGCCAGUAUGAUCUCAAAACUGAAGCAAGCCUGUGGGUUUGAAUACACAUCAAAGCUACAGCGUAUGUUCCAGGAUAUUGGUGUCAGUAAAGAUCUCAACGAGACCUUCAAGAGAAGAGCACAAUCAAACGGUCCUCUUGAUAUUGACUUCAGUAUUCAAGUACUCAGCUCUGGCUCGUGGCCAUUCCAGCAAUCUUGUACCUUCAUGCUUCCGGUCGAGCUGGAGCAGAGUUUCCAGAGGUUUACGCAGUUCUAUAGCAGUCAGCACAGCGGGCGAAAACUCAACUGGCUGUACCACAUGUCUAAAGGAGAAGUCGUUACCAACUGUUUUAAAAAUCGCUACACAUUGCAGGCAUCUACGUUCCAAAUGGCUGUGUUACUUCAGUACAACAUGGAAACGACAUAUACCGUACAGCAACUUCUGGAAAACACACAGAUUAAACAGGAAAUACUGACUCAAGUGCUACAGAUAUUGCUGAAAUCCAAGCUGCUGGUCACCAAGGAUGACGAGAAUGACCUCAAACUGACCUCUCAACUGUCCGUCUUUCAUUCUUAUAAAAACAAAAAGUUGCGAGUGAACAUCAAUGUGCCAAUGAAAGCGGAGGUGAAGGCUGAACAGGAAACAACACACAAACAUAUAGAAGAGGAUCGAAAACUCCUCAUUCAAGCAGCUAUUGUGCGAAUUAUGAAAAUGCGGAAAGUGCUAAAACAUCAGCAGCUUCUAGCCGAGGUUCUAAACCAGUUGUCAUCGAGAUUCAAACCCCGAGUGCCUGUAAUUAAGAAAUGUAUUGACAUUCUUAUUGAGAAAGAGUAUUUAGAACGCGUCGAAGGACAAAAGGAUACAUACAGCUAUCUUGCCUGAGAUUUCUCUCUCUCUAAUCUGACUAGGAAAGCAAAUCUAUUUUUUGUUGAUCAAAAUGUGCACAUAGAUCGAUCUGAACAAGCAGUCCAAUAUCGACACAACCGUGGUAACUGGAACUCAGUCAUUUGAGGGUAUUUGUGUCACUGGAUCCAGACACGUAACUUGGAUGUAAAUAUGUGCAAUUAUGGAAAACUUGGUCUGGAAAACACAUUGUCAGUGUUGAAUUUUUUUUUUUUUCAUUUGAUAAAAUAAUUUUGAUUCAUAACCCACACUGGCUCUUCAGAAAAAGAAAAUCAACAAAGGAAGUUCAGUCUGUUCAAGUUUUGUGUCGUCGAGCCAUUCAAUUCAGAUGGAAGACUCAGUGCCUGCUGUUUUCACCACCCCCACUACCCCCCACCCUCCCCAGAUGAAUAGAAUUGACAUCAGAGGUAGUGGGACCUUCAGGCGGCUAGUUAAAACAUUAUGUUAUUUAACAUCUUAUUUAUAAAACGUAAUUUCAAUGCCUUAACUAAAGGUAUACCAGGCAUGUGUGCAAGACAGAUGAGGGAGGCACGGAACAUUUUGUUUUCAAAAUCUUGAUUAGUGAUAUUUCUAGGCAAUUGAAAAUUGAUUAGCAACUAGUGUUUAAUAUUUUAAAAUUGUGUAGCGAUUUCUGAAACUUGCGUAGCAAAUCGCCAAAUCGAUACUGAACAAAAUGUUCCCUGGGAGGUUGGUUGUGGGUGGAAAACCGCACUGUUCCAAACAUGUUUUCUUUUAUUUAAAAUGUAUUUUCUGGGGGAGCAUGACCCUGCCCACCCUAAAAACUUCGCUCACCGCAGUCUAGACCCGAUCCCCGCACAGUUUCCUGCACAUGUGCCUGCAUACGUUCCCAUGUUUGAGAUGUGGCUGUAUAGCUAGUACAGAGAUGUGGUGGCCAUCUUGAAAUGGGGUACUGUAAUUCUUGUAAGAUUUUUCAUGUUCACAUCCAUAACUGAUAACAUUUCAGGACCCAUAUUCACAAAACAUUGUAAGCCUAGUUUUACACGUAAACAAAAAUCUACGACUGAAGAGCUAUUCACGAAACAAUGAAAAUGUAAGUUACGUGUAAAGUUGGACGUAAAUAUAAGA